AAAUCAGUCAUCACCGUGGAAGUAACGGGACGUUCAGGAAAGAAUAUUAAAUCAUUUUUAACAAAAAUCCUUCAAUUCGUCAACACCUCGUACGAUGGAACAAUUGAUACAGAACCAGAUCGUAUCGGCCGCGGAACUACUGGAGAAACAACUUGAUAAUGAACUUGGUCGGCUGGAAUCGCUCAAUACCGAUGAUCUGGAAAAGUUGCGUGAACAGCGCAUUCAACAGCUGAAGAAACAGGCACAACAGCGUCAGGAGUGGAAGAGCAACGGACACGGCGAGUACAGUGAGCUGGCGGAUGAGAAAGAGUUUUUUGCUAUGUCGAAAAAAUCGGCCAACAUAGUUUGCCACUUCUAUCGCGACUCUGCUCCGCGUUGCCGGAUCGUGGACAUGCACCUGAAGAUUCUAGCAACGAAACACCUGGAGGCCAAGUUUUGUAAGGUGAACGCGGAACGGUGCCCGUUUUUGACCGAGCGCCUACGCAUCAAGGUGAUACCGAGCAUUGCGCUAAUCAAGGACAGCAAAACGAAGGACUACAUCGUGGGGUUCACAGAUUUGGGAAACUGUGAUGACUUCAGUACUGAAAUGCUCGAAUGGCGUAUCGCACAGUCCGGAGCGAUCGAGUACGCUGGUGACCUGCUGACGCCACCGGACGUGAAGAAACAAAAGAAGCCAGCCAAUCAAAAGACAAUUCGUGGGGGCUACGAUUCGGACGAUUCAGAUAUCGAUUUUGACGAUUAAGAAGAGAUGGUGGAAUACGUGUUUGGUGUGGGAGUAUGUUAUAGCACAAUCGUUAGGCGAUAAAACUUGUGGCUCCGUCUAUUGGUCGAUCAUGCGUCUGGCAUUAGCAGCACAACGGUGCAUCGUUAUGCUAGGCGUACUACCAGCACAACAAGCGUUGGAUGCUGCUGUCAUUGCAAUUAAGAUUAUUACAUUCAAUAGGACAUCUAAAAUUAAGGCUUCUUAAGACCGUCGGUACCCUAGCCUUGUCAUAAGGUUUGUCUUAGUUUUUGGACUUAGUUUUGUAUCGAAUGGACAAGGACUUCCAUCUCACACUGCCAGCGAAAAAUGGUGCAUCUUAAGACAAGCACCGCAAGCAGCAUAGUUUGUCUUGGAAUGGUUUCAUUGGCUUCUCUGGACUUGUGGUUCAAAAUUGCAAAGUAUUUUGCGGGUGCGCAUUUUUAGUUUCUAUUACAUUUCAUUAACUUACUAACAUGACUCACAGAACUAGAACGAAAAUCGUGUAACGUAACAGUAAAACAGCGAUUGUAGGUAUCGCAUGGGAAACAAUCGAAAAGUGGUUAUUUGUAAGAAUCAAAAAACAAGUUUGGUUUAUCUCUCUCGUUGUGGAUGGCUUGCAAGUCCCAAGGCCGAGUUAAACGAAGCGCUAAUAAGUUAUUUAGAAUCGAAAGCAACCUAACAUUAAGGAUUCAAUUCUGAUGUUCGUACUGAUGCAGAUGACUUGGUACCUUUAAUAA